AUGAUCGAUUUCAUGAUGCAUGUCGAUGUGUUUCUCAUUUUUGCACCGCUUUGGAAAUACAAUUCGGCCGUUUCCAUGUCAUUGCACUCUCACAAUCGGUCUCUCUUCCGCAACAACUAUUUCCAUGUCUCUAGCUCUUUUUCUCGAGUUCUCUCUCCUUGUCGUCGCACAAUUCGAGGCGGCUUCAGUCGUGGCCGCUCGAGGUCGAGGCGGCCGAGGCUGCGGCUGAAAGAGGCGUCGUACCCCUCUCUGCUCCUUUCGUUGUAAGUUUUCUGACAAUCAAUUCCAACACGGACGGUUCUGUUUCAGAAGGAAGGUGAAUUGUCACCUCGGCAACCCCCAGAAGCGAGGCGAAACCACUGAGUCAGUGGCGCAACGUGUUCUCCCCAUUUUCACGACAAAUGUUGACCGUGAUUAUAUUGUAAACCUACAAGACAAACCAUGAGUGAGCCGAGUGAUGCAGUGAUCACAAUCGGUAAUCCAAAUACUUGAAAGCGCUCGAAUCCCUGUCAAACCUUCCGUUUCAGAUCGGAUUUCGCAGGCAAUGGACCAGAAGAGCGGACCGAAUCGCGUGGAUCCUUGGAACAUCUGAACGUCAGAUCCACGACCACGACCCUCAUUUCUAUUCUUCAAGGAGUUCAACGAACGGUCAUCCAAGGAGAAGCCUGUUAACUUUAAGACAGAAAAAGUAAUCGAAGAGAAUCCGUGAUGCCACCUGAAAUGAGAUCAUUUUCAGCGUUCCUGUCAUUCCCCCGCGUUUAGGGGUUCUACUCGUGCGUCCUACUAA